ACAGUAAUUGGUCAUUUGCGGGGUUCGCUAUAAAUAGACGGCUAAAUGGCAACCCGUUGGCCCCCAUCUUGACGUCGUGCAUCCUGGCACUUCUCUUCAUCCUGGUAACUAGCAAGUUCCCGGACGAAAAACAGGAAGCGAGCGAUGAGCGCGGCGGCGGGGGCGGCAGAGGAGCAGCAUGGCGCCGCCCCGAUGGAGACGCUCAAGUCGCUGACGCUGACGCAGGACAGCGACGGCAGCAUCAUCCUACACUGCCCCGCCGACGAUGACGAGGGCGAGCCCCGGGAAAAGAGAGCGCGCCAGUCGGCCGAAGACUCGGACGCGUCCUUCUCGCUCAUCGCCGUGCCGGUGGCUGACAGCCGCAAGAGCUUCGAGCUCACCGUGACGACGACGGCGGCGGCGAACGACACUGGCGCUCGAGAGGGUGCGGCUCCCGUUCAGGUCCUGUGCGACGGCGAUGAUGUCGCCGCCGCCGCCGCGGCGCCCGAUGGGAAGGCUGAAGUGUCUGCCGUCAGUCAGGCCUGGUUCACCACUAAAGAGGACAAAGACACGCUCACCAACAAAGGUCACAAGUGGAAGCAAGGCAUGUGGUCCAAAGAGGAGAUCGACCUUCUCAUCAGCAACAUCGAGCAAUACGUCAAGGGCCGAGGCAUCGACGACCCGGCCGAGAUCAUCUUCGACAUGUCCAAAGAGGAGCGCAAAGACUUUUACCGCUCGGUGGCGCUGGGCCUCAACAGGCCGCUCUUUGCCGUCUACAGACGAGUCCUGCGCAUGUACGACAACCGCAACCACGUCGGCAGGUACACACCAGGAGAGAUCGAGAAGUUAAAAGGCCUGCGGGAUCGCCACGGCAACGACUGGGCCACCAUCGGCGCGGCGCUGGGCCGCAGCGCCUCGUCCGUCAAGGACCGCUGUCGGCUGCUGAAGGACACCUGCAACACAGGCAAGUGGAGCGAGGAGGAGGAGCGCCGCCUGGCUCAGGUGGUGUACGAGAUGGCGGCCAGCACUCCGGGCUCGGCGGUGACGGGGGGCGUGUCCUGGGCCUCGGUGGCGGCCCGGGUGGGCACGCGCUCGGAGAAGCAGUGUCGCUCCAAGUGGCUCAACUACCUCAACUGGAAGCACAGCGGCGGCACCGAAUGGACCAAAGACGACGACCUCGGCCUCACGCGCAGGAUUUUGGAGCUGGAGGUGGCGGAUGAGAAUGAGAUCAAGUGGGAGGAGCUGGCGGGCGGCUGGAGCAGCGUGCGUUCGCCCCAGUGGCUGCGCUCCAAGUGGUGGAGCAUCAAGAGACAGGUCGCCAACCACAAGGAGAUCCCAUUCCCGGUCUUGUUGAAGGCCCUCCACGAGUUGAUGUCGUCCUCGCAGUCGGCGGGCGGAUCGAGCGUCGCCGUCGUACCCUCGCUCCAGGCGCGCCUGGGCCGCUCGGAGGAAAGCGGCGCCAUGGCGGCAGCGCUGCAGAUUCCCCUGCAGAUCCCGCUGCAGAUGGCACACUUGGACUCUACUGUCGGCGGCGGCGGCGAGGGAGAGACCAUCACGCUCAACGGCGGGACGCUGCAGGCCUUUGAGAUUCUUCCGUCGUUUCAGCUGCAGCCCACUGGCACGCCGGGCACGUACUUCCUGCAGAGCACCUCCAACCAGGGCCUGCCCCUCAGCCUGGCCAACAACAGCACGCUCACCUUGACCGCCGGCUCCUCCUCCUCCUCGGCGGCGCACGAGCACAUCAUCCUGCACGGCCUGGCGACCGACGGCCUGUGCGCCGGCGACGGCGUCAUCAUCCAGACGGUGGCGGCGGACGCCGCCGCCUCGGACGAGCUGCUGGUGGAGACGGAGGGACGGCGGCAGGACGAGCAGCUCGACGCUUCUGCUCUCCUGGGACAUUUGGAAAAAGCGGCAACCAAGAGGGAGGAGCCAAUGACGGACAGCUUCACUGACAAGCGAUUGACUCCGUCCCCGAGCGACGCCGCGGCGUUGACCCCGGGCGGGGCCGUCCUGAUCGUGUCCCCUCCCGACAUCAGCGGCACGCUGACAGAUCCCAUCUUGGAGAACCAGGACGGUUGCGAUUAGGACCGUGACGUCGAGCUGGAGCCGCCGGGCUUUUGAGACAUGAGCGCGCUUUCGAGUUAAGUGCCAUUUUUUUACGACUGCAUUUCUGGCUGGUGAUGAGAUGAAGAAGAAACGCAGACUCUCGGCUUCAGGUUACUUGUAUUUAUUGUGUCAAAUAGUCAAUAAAAACAACAGAAAAACAUGGCUUUGACAAUCUGAAAGUCGCGGUGAGCUCCAACUUGUCGCUUGUUUGCCCUCGUGGGAACGAGGAAAGCGUUAAAAGUGUCACGUGUGAGAAAA